AUGGCUUGCAAAACCACUUUGCAGGUUGUGCAAAUCCUUGGCGUCUCCGAGCAUUCAGUACAUUCUAGCAUUGAUAUGAUGAGGCUCCUGGAAGUCGGGUGGGAUGCACGACGAACUGCAGAAACGGCUAUGAAUCGAGAAUCCUCCCGGUCGCACGCCAUCUUCAUCGUAGAAAUCAAAACUGAAGAACUAGUCAACACCAUCGUAAACAAAAGAACAGCAAUUUUGAAUCUGGUGGACCUAGCCGGUUCAGAGCGACAGAGCCAAGCAAAGACUGUCGGCGCGCGGUUUAGAGAAGCGACCAAAAUCAACUUGUCCCUGACACACCUUGGCAGAGUGAUUCGUACACUUGCUAAAGCUAACCAUGGCGACACUCACGUACCAUAUAGGGAUUCCAAACUAACCCAUAUUCUGCGCGAUUCGCUAGGAGGGAAUAGUCGGACGGCUGUGAUCGUGAAUCUCCAUCCGGAUAAAGGGUUUUAUCCUUCUGGGAAUAUGGGGAUGAAUCUUGAAAUGCCUUUUACUCCUCUCACUCUGAAAAAAUCAAAUUAA